UUAGAAGCAGGUGACCCGGGCGGGGCGCAAGAGGCCAGUCCAGCCUGCGGCCGCAAGUGCACUACAGCCGUCGUCGCCGCCGCGCGCCGUUGAGUACCCGCCAGAGGUGGGCGAAAGGGUGCUAGAGCGCGGAGGAGGAGCCGAGUCCCGCACGUCCCGGGAGCGCCGCCACCGCCCCCAGGAAUCAGCUGGAGCGCGGAGCCCCCUGCAGGGGAGGAGGCGAGCGGCGGGCGGGACGCGGCGGCGGGCGCGCACCAUGCAGUCCUGGCGGAGCCAACACCAGCUGCUGGCGGUACUGUGAGGCCGCGGAAGCCCCCGGUCGCCGCACACCGCCUUCCUUUUGCCCAGGUGCUGCCAGGCGCGCUCGCCCUUGGUGGACCCUGGUGGAAGGCACGGCCGACCCCAGCCCUGUCCCGCUCGGAUCAUGCAGGGGGCCCCGGAGAAGGAGAGGGCGAGUGACCGGUCUGUGGCGACCUCGUUCAGCGGGCGACCGCCUCUCUAAGACACCCCCACCUGCUGCCAUGUGCUGCCUCGGGUACCCAGCUUAUCGCCAAACUUUCUCGAUGCCAGCUCGGUUCAAAGUCGCGUUUCUGAGCUAAGAGCCCCAGGGACGGAGGAUUCAGGCUGGCGACUGACUAUCUGCUUCUCACGGGAUCCUUCGAGAGUACUUUCCCUGGAAUCGGAGCCUUAACUGUCCCUCCUCAGCCCUAUCCAGCGAAGAGCUGAGCUCUCCCUGCGGAGGCAGCGCCCUCCCGGAACAGUUUAUCUUUGGACGGAUUUCUUUAAAAGAAAGAGAAACCAACAGGUUGCCAGCCCCGGCGCCACACAAGUCUGCAGAGAGGGAAGCACGGUCCUGGUUUCCCCUGCCUGAGCUGGCCCCGCUUGGGCUGCGGGAGGAGAGGGGAGGGAGGGGGCUAUGGCUCGGCCUGACCCGUCCGCGCCGCCUUCGCUGCUGCUGCUGCUCUUGGCGCAGCUGGCGGGCCGGGCGACGGCCGCUUCCAAGGCGCCGGUGUGCCAGGAAAUCACAGUGCCUAUGUGCCGCGGCAUCGGCUACAACCUGACGCACAUGCCCAACCAGUUCAACCACGACACGCAGGACGAGGCGGGCCUCGAGGUGCACCAGUUCUGGCCGUUGGUGGAGAUCCACUGCUCGCCGGACCUGCGCUUCUUCCUGUGCUCCAUGUACACGCCCAUCUGCCUGCCCGACUACCACAAGCCGCUGCCGCCGUGCCGCUCGGUGUGCGAGCGCGCCAAGGCCGGCUGCUCGCCGCUCAUGCGCCAGUACGGCUUUGCCUGGCCGGAACGCAUGAGCUGCGACCGCCUCCCGGUGCUGGGCCGCGACGCCGAGGUCCUGUGCAUGGAUUACAACCGCAGCGAGGCCACCACGGCGCCCCCCAGGCCCUUCCCGGCCAAGCCCACCCUCUCAGGCCCUCCGGGGGCGCCGGCCUCAGGGAGCGACUGCGUCGCCGGGGGCCCGUCGGUGUGCAAGUGCCGCGAGCCCUUCGUGCCCAUUCUGAAGGAGUCGCACCCCCUUUACAACAAAGUGCGGACGGGCCAGGUACCCAACUGCGCGGUACCCUGCUACCAGCCGUCCUUUAGCCCGGACGAGCGCACGUUCGCCACCUUCUGGAUCGGCCUGUGGUCUGUGCUGUGCUUCAUCUCCACUUCCACCACGGUGGCCACCUUCUUAAUAGACAUGGAACGCUUCCGCUACCCUGAGCGCCCCAUCAUCUUUCUGUCAGCCUGCUACCUGUGCGUGUCGCUGGGCUUCCUGGUGCGCCUAGUCGUGGGCCAUGCCAGCGUCGCCUGCAGCCGUGAGCACAGCCACAUCCACUACGAGACAACGGGCCCUGCGCUGUGCACUGUCGUCUUCCUGCUAGUCUACUUCUUCGGCAUGGCCAGCUCCAUCUGGUGGGUCAUCCUGUCGCUCACCUGGUUCUUGGCAGCUGGCAUGAAGUGGGGCAAUGAGGCCAUCGCGGGCUAUGCACAGUACUUCCACCUGGCUGCUUGGCUCAUCCCCAGUGUCAAGUCCAUCACUGCGCUGGCCCUGAGCUCGGUGGAUGGGGACCCGGUGGCCGGUAUCUGCUACGUGGGGAACCAGAACCUGAACUCGCUGCGUGGCUUCGUGCUGGGCCCGCUGGUGCUCUACCUGCUGGUGGGCACGCUCUUCCUCCUGGCAGGCUUCGUGUCGCUCUUCCGCAUCCGCAGCGUCAUCAAGCAGGGCGGCACCAAGACGGACAAGCUGGAAAAGCUCAUGAUCCGCAUCGGCAUCUUCACGCUGCUCUACACGGUGCCUGCCAGCAUCGUGGUGGCCUGCUACCUGUACGAACAGCACUAUCGCGAGAGUUGGGAGGCUGCGCUCACCUGCGCGUGCCCAGGCCCCGACGCCGGGCAGCCACGUGCCAAGCCUGAGUACUGGGUGCUCAUGCUCAAAUACUUCAUGUGCCUGGUGGUGGGCAUCACGUCAGGCGUCUGGAUUUGGUCUGGCAAGACUGUGGAGUCGUGGCGGCGCUUCACCAGCCGCUGCUGCUGCCGCCCGCGGCGGGGCCACAAGAGCGGCGGGGCCACGGCCACCGGGGACUACGCCGAGGCCAGCGCAGCGCUCACAGGCAGGACCGGGCCACCCGGCCCUGCCGCCGCCACCUAUCACAAGCAGGUGUCCCUGUCUCACGUGUAGGAGGAGGCUGAGGGACCGGGACCGAGAUCGAGGCCGGCCGGGAGCCGAGGGAGGGAGGUUGUUUUGUUUGGUAGCUUUGCCAAGGUCACUUCCAUUUACCUUCCUGGUGCUGAUGCCCCCUCCUGGGGCAACCUGGAGAGAGGGGAAAGGGGCUGUUUCAAGGGGAGUACCUGUCCCAGGGCUUCUCCAAGGGGCUCAGCUCACCUGCCUUUUCAAGGGGAACCCUAUUUUUAAUUUAUAUGUAGUUUUCUUAAUUUUUAACUUUGUUGCAUUUUGGCAACAAAAUUUCCCUUUGCUUUGGGGGCUUUACAAUCCUAAGGUUGGCAUUAUAAUGAAGUUCCACUUGGUUCAGGUUUCUUUGAACUGUGUGGUCUAAAUUGGGAAAAUAUAUUUCCUAUACUUGUGUCUUUACAAAUAAUGUGAACAGUGAAAGUUUGGGUUGCUGUGACUGGGAAGUUGACCCCUGUGCUUUUUACAGCUUGUUUCUCCUUCCACUACUUAAAGUGUCCAAGAUGCUUUAAGGUGAGCUGCUUGUCCCAGUAUUUAGUUCCUAAGUUAAGGGAAACCCCAGGUCAUACCAAGGAAGGGGAGCAGAAUGUGAAUAGGACCUCUUGAAAGUGACAAGGUUGGGGAGUGUUUAGAGAUUUGGUGUCUCUCCUAGCUUUACCAAGCUUCAGUUUGUUUUCGGUAGUACUUGUAAUCAUUCUCAUUCUUCACGGUGCCAGCUUUGCUUGAAUAAGUUAGAGGUAGCAUUAUAUAGUGUCCUCUAACGUUUGGAAUAGUGAGAAAAUAAGGGGUGCCGAUUGGUCGAACUUGAAUUCUAGACUGUUAAGAUGGCAGCUUUGUGCCAGAGGAGUGGGUGGUUCUUAAUAGACUUCAGCCAUCCCACUUUUUCAAAAAAAAAAAAAAAGAAAGAAAUGUGUUAUAAUUUUGGUGAAAGUAAACCUUCCGCUGGAAGUACUUAGUGCUGAAGGGGGCUCCUUUCUACAUUUAAGGACUAAAAUGGAUAUACCUCCUGUUAAUUAAGUAAAUUUCCAACACUUCUCUUAUCUGCUCUACCCCCAUCCCACCUCCUUUAUCAUGUUAAACAGCCUUUUUGCUUUUCUUAUUCCUCCUCUCCUGGAGAGCUGUGAUUAGAAACCACACCCACCCUUGAAUGAGGUGCUUGAAAGAGGGGGACGGUGGGGGGGGGGCGGCUACCUGUGAACAAACAUUGGCAGCGGAGGGAAAAUAAGUGUUCCUGGACUUUGGACUAGUUUACAGCCAGAUAGUCUAAAAGCAGUGAAACACUGCUCUCUGUAGUCCUGAAAACAAAUGAGACCCAUAACACACUUGCCUAAGCUUUUAAAACAGAAAUUGGUGCAGCACUAGGAAAGCUGUUCACCUCACCCCAUCUCAAUAUAGUUUGCUUUUCUUCCUCUUCUGAGACAGCUUUCGUAUUGCUGAGCACAGUCUCACACACUUUCCUGUUAGAGAAUUUGGUUUGCUCUUCUCAUCUGUUUAACCCUUCCCGCGUUCCUAUGCGAAAGCCUAUAGAUGUAUUGAUGAACACACAUGUACACACACACACUUGACUAUGAAAAAUUCCGUUCGCGUUCGCUUUCCUAAUCUGUUCAACUAUUCAUUCAUGAAGCGCGUCGUGAGGCCAUUACUGGGAAGGAAUGACAGUGCCCUGGCCAGCAACAUACCAGGGACCAGGACUGAGCGAGGACCGCAUUUGAGAAGCCGAAAUGGCAAAAGCAUUUAAAAUUUGAGAACGCCUCCAAAGGAAAACAGCAAGUCUAGGGAUUUGUGCUUCGUUUAUAACCAAAGUUGGAAAAGUGAGACUUAAGCCCAGGUCAGUUUUCGCUUUAUGGAUAUUAAGGAAAAAGGUGUUUAGUUUCCAUAGCGGAUUUAAGCAUGUUGCUGGUGGGAAGAAGGCUGGUAUUACAGUUUUCAUGAGUUCUCAAAAGCUGUUCCCAUUUAUAAAAAUGCACCGCUCUUACGCGCUCACCUUCUGCAUCAAAAUUGAAAUUUCAGUAUAUUCGACCAAAUCUGUACACAGAGCGAUGGAACUUUUGGCACAUCUAAUUCCUCUGCUUAUUCUGAAGUUUCUAGGAUCUUGAAAUAGAUCUCCUGCCUGAGGGCCAAUUCCUCUCUUGUUUUUCAGAUGAGAACCUUUUCUGAUCACCUUGACCUCUUUCCCCAUUUAGUGGGUCUUCUCAGAAAGUACAGGUCUUUGUGCCUAAUUUGGGUUGUUCCUGUUCCUUUUUCUUUCUUUCUUUUUUUUUCUUUCUUUCUUUUUUUUUUUUUUUUUGGUGGAGGAGUCUAAAGAUGAUGCAGAAUGUAUCUAAAAGUUGUGGGAUGGAUUGGUAUAAUUCUUCCUUUUAGUUUUCACUUUGGUAACAUGCCAAACCUAAAAGGAACAACCAGUUUACUUAAAAAAAAAAAAAAAAAAAAACA